UGUGCCAGGAGUUUCUCCCGGUCUUUCUGUAUAGGCUAACGAAGGCCAAGUUCUUUGCGUUAGUCCACCAUUUGGGGUGGGAAAGUGCCUGGGAAUGAGAUUACCUGUACUCUUGCCCUCCAACCCCAGACAGACUUCCAGGGCUGAGGGGAUUAUAAAAUGCUCCCUGGCCUGUCUGGCUGGCAGUAUCCAUUUUUCAUUAGUCAGCCUUCUGAAUUAGAGACUGAUGGCAGUUUACUGUUGGUCUCUGCUCUGCCCCAGUCCUAUGUCUCUCUACUCCUAUUCUGUCUCUCUCUACUCCUAGUCUGAGAGGCCAGGGUACUCUUGAGGAGAUAUUGCUAUAGGUCUCUGCUGUGCUGUCAGAUUAAGCAGAACAUCACUCUUUUUAUCCACAGAGGAAAACAUGAAAUUUCCUUUGCAAUCUGCACAUUUAGGAUGGACAGCUAUGAUGCUCUUUUUAAAAAAAUUGUUUUUAAUGCAGCCUGUUCAUUCAGCGCCAGACCGGCUGAGCACUUCUGUCUUUGAGGCACGACAUCACUGUAAUGGUCAUGACAUUUUUGCUGACAAUAAUUGGCCAGUCAAAUGACCGCGGUCACCUUAAUAACUGUUUUUGAAAGCAAUAUUUGACGCACAUUUUCUCCUCUACUUCUGACUGCAUGUGCUGCCAUAGAAAUAUAAUGAAUUGUCGUGUCUUUGGCUAUGCCGGAUUAAGUGAUAUGACAUGCUAUUCUAUAAAAUAAUUUCUCUGUAAUUAAUAUUAUCUGAUUGAGCUAAUCAUGUAAAUGUAAUUAACUAGUCGGGGUACCAUGAAAUAAUAUUUAUAGAGCUGUUAUCUUCCGAAUAAACUCUUAAAGACCUAGUAAUAUUUUACAUCAAUAGCAGUCAAUAUUAAUUGUCACCUUAAUUCCGUCUCAUCUGAAAGUUGUAAAUUCUUGGUUAUCUGCACGAACCCUGGCUAACAAGUUGAAUCAGCAAUACAACAUUGAGUUUAUUUAUUUACUAAAUGCCUAACUAAUUACACAUGAAUCAUAACUUGAUUACAAAUUACAUCAUAAAGGAAAACGUCCCUAGCGGGCGGAACAGAUAUGACGGCUUGUUACACAAAAGAAAAGGGGCUGGGUUUGAGUGAAAGAGCGGGAAGACUGAGGAAGAAAGGGCGAUGCUGUGCUAUUGUAAAUACGGUUUCUUAUGCAUUCUAAAUUUGGAAAAUGCAAUACAUAUUUUCUCUGAGCUGCGCUUCGGUAGGUUGGUGGUAGAUGGAAGGCCGUGUUGCCCAACCAAGUCCUUUGUCCUUUGAAGAAUGUCUGGUGGUCCAUAGGAUACGUUGUAGUAAUGUCGUUGUGUGGUAGACGGGAUACUCUGUCUGUUCCUUCCUAACCUGCGUUUGCAGCUGCUGUUGCUAACUCAACGGCUAGGAGGUAUCACUUCUGUAGUGAAUAAGAGUUCAAAGUUCAUACCAUUCGCAACCAAAGCUCAUGCUGAUGUUUGCAUCGUUCUGUAGUUCUCUGAACCAUUCUGACAUCGGACCGUCGUCCUCACAUCCUCGGAACAGGAGGUUAUAUUGUCGCCAAGGCUUUAUAUAGGAAGGGAGAGGAGGGCGUGUUUGAAAAGUUUUAUAGCCCAUGUCCCUUCACAGGGCUCUGCUCAAUCAGUGGCCCGUCCCUAUCUUAUGAAAGCCCAAAUCUCACAUUUUAGAAGCUAAAAUCACAUUUCAUCCCAUCACGAAUAAUUUCAUAUUCAAACAUUUAAAUUGAACAACAAUUCCAUGUGAAUCCAAUAACUCUGUGUAGACUUUCCACUGUAGAGUUUGUCAUCUGAUCAUUGAUGAGAAUGUCUCCGAUGACAACCGAACUGACAUCAUAUUCAUUACGUACCACCGCAUAUGUUCAAUUGGUCGGAUUACCAGAAUAUAGUUCAUUCCCAGAAUCUCUAUGUUAACCAAGGUGUUUGCAAAUGUAACAUCAGUAGGGUAGAGAGAGGAAAAAGGGGGAAAGAGGUAUUUAUGACUGUCAUAAACCUACCCCCAGGCCAACAUCGUGACAGAAUAUUGCGAGUGUACCCAUAGGAGCAAAGCGGGAAGUAAAUGUGUUAUUUUUGAAAAAUGGUUAUCAUGACUGUCUUCAUCCAUAGCCUUCGGUUAUACAGUAAUUGUGCCAGCCCUAGAUAUCACGCCGGUUCACCUUUUAAGGUUAUGCCAACUAUCUGUUCCCCUGUCAUGUCGCUGUUACAGCUGGAGGCGUAAUGAUGCUGCGAGUCUCUUGGUUGUUCGUUCAGCUGGUCAGAGGUUGUUAAUCUCAGACAUUGGUUGGUUUCCAUGGCAGAUGCACUCCGUAAUGCUGUGUCAUUGGUUCUGAUGCCAACAUCCCCACUCUCCCCUGUACUUCGCUUCCCACAUCCUCCCCUAGUCUCCUAUCCUCCUCUGGUUGGGCUGCUCUGUGUCUCAAGACUGAGGCUUGGAGGGGAUCAGGGAAAGGUUUUUAUCUUGCCUGCCUGCCGGUAGUCUCUGUGCCACUCGGCUGAGCUGGAGCUAAUGCAGGGCAGACGCAUACCGUCCGUCCCCCUAUGCCAGCCAGACGGGUACAGGAGAGCAGUGGUGUGAAGGAGAGGACAGGAGUUAAAAGAAUUGAGUGGUGGUGGCGUAUGUAUGCUGACAACGGAUCAUUUUCUUAGCCCGCGCUCCAUCUCUCGUCUCCAUCUGCACCGUUAUCAGUUUGGAGUUGCCUGGGUCUGUGGCUCUCAGCUUCUGAACCCAUCUGUGUUUGGACAGGAAGGGAAGGGAUCUUGUGGGCAAUCAUGGGCCACGGAGUCGGCUGAGGAUCCGGAGGGUUCUGCAAAACGCACCAAUCGCUUCCACUGUGGUGUAUGACAUGGCCACGGCCUCUUCCAGAACGGAGUGUAGCUAUAACCACGGACCGACGUCGCAGCUACAUGCCGUCGUUGCCUGUGCCAAACUCAAGCGGAAGAAGAGCUUGUUUGGGACGUCCAUCUAUGUGGAGGUGACAGCGGAAGGGGAGUCGCGCCGCACGGCAAAGUCCCACAGCUCCUCCAACCCCAAGUGGGAUGAGCUGCUCACUCUAAAUGUCAGGCCACACACGCAGGUGGACUUUAAGGUGUGGAGUCACCACACCCUGAAGGCUGAUGCUCUGCUGGGGAAAGCCACUCUGGACCUCCUCCAGGCCUUGGAGCAGCACGACAGGAAAUUGGAGAACGUGAAGGAGGUGUUGAAGCUGGUGCUGGACAAUAAGGGGGCCGUGGUUGCUACGGGAGAGCUGACCGUGUUCCUAGACGGUCUGACCGUCAACCAGGAACAACUGCUCAACGGUAACGCUGCCACCUCUACCAAAGUCCAGCAGAACGGUGAUGCCAUUCAUGAAAAUGGAGGGGACACUCCAUCGGCUCCCAGCAGCUCAGUGAAUGGUACGGGGUGUGCUCCCACCUAUAACGGGGUGGACAGUGAGGGUCCCUCCACCUCCUCUGCCCACAGCGACUCCAGCCCCUGCCCCGCCCCUGUUGUCAACGGCGACACAGCAUCUUCCCCGACCCACCAGACGGCCAAGCCCACGCCCAACCUCGCCCCCACCGACAGUGACGUAGCCAAUAGUACUGUUGUAGUUAGAGGUGAGGCCGCUGCUCCUGCCCCCUCCACAGACGAGACCCUGCCCCCUGCAGACGGCCCUGAGGACUGCAGCGAAGCCACUUCUGGCCCUGCCCCAGCCACCAACCCAGCCUUCACUUCCACAACUGGUCCCUCUCCCCCUCAACCCACCACAGAGGCUCCCUCCACUGAGCAUGACAGUACUGCUGCUCCCCCCUUCUCCUCCUCCGCUUCAGCCUCGGGCCAGGCAGCCCCAGCCUCCUCCACCCCCAGUUCCACUGUGGAGGCAGCAGGGGGCUCCAGUGGGGCAGAAGCAGAUGAGGCCAAGCCCAGACAACAGGCCCCCAACGCAGGCACUUCAGACCCCCUCCCCCCUGGGUGGGAACAGAGGAAGGAUCCCCAUGGAAGAACCUACUAUGUGGAUCACAACACUAAAACCACAACAUGGGAGAGACCACAGCCACUCCCGCCAGGUUGGGAAAGGCGUGUGGAUGACCGAGGCAGGAUCUACUAUGUGGACCACAACACCAGAACCACCACGUGGCAGAGGCCCACCAUGGAGUCAGUGCGUAAUUUUGAGGCAUGGCAGUCCCAGCGCAGCCAGCUCCAGGGGGCAAUGCACCAGUUCAACCAGAGAUACCUCUACUCGGCUUCCAUGAUGUCGGCAGAAAACGACCCUCUGGGACCGCUGCCUCCUGGUUGGGAGCGACGUGUGGACUCCAACGACCGGGUGUACUUUGUCAACCACAGCACCAAGACAACACAGUGGGAAGAUCCCCGCACACAAGGGCUCCAGAAUGAGGACCCUCUUCCUCAGGGUUGGGAGAUCCGGUACACGCGGGAGGGCGUCCGCUACUUCGUAGAUCACAACACUCGGACCACCACCUUCAGUGAUCCGCGCACAGGGAAGUCCUCUGUCACCAAAGGCCCACAGAUAGCGUACGAGCGCAGCUUCAGGUGGAAACUAGCACACUUCCGCUACCUCUGUCAGUCCAACGCACUCCCCAGCCAUGUUAAGAUCACCGUGUCUAGGCAGACGUUGUUCGAAGACUCUUUCCAACAAAUUAUGGCCCUGAAGCCUUACGAUUUGAGGAGGAGACUGUACGUCAUCUUCAGAGGAGAAGAGGGACUGGACUACGGUGGCCUAGCCAGAGAGUGGUUCUUCCUGUUAUCCCACGAGGUGCUCAACCCCAUGUACUGCCUCUUUGAGUACGCUGGCAAGAGUAACUACUGUCUGCAGAUAAACCCAGCCUCCACCAUCAACCCUGACCACCUCUCCUACUUCUGCUUUAUAGGACGAUUCAUAGCCAUGGCCCUCUUCCACGGGAAGUUCAUCGACACAGGCUUCUCUCUGCCGUUCUAUAAACGCAUGUUGAACAAGAAGCUCAUCAUCAAAGACCUGGAGUCCAUCGACCCUGAGUUCUACAACUCUCUGAUCUGGAUCAGGGAUAACAACAUUGAGGAGUGUAGCCUAGAGAUGUACUUCUCUGUGGACAUGGAGAUCCUGGGGAAGCUCACGUCACAUGACCUGAAGCCUGACGGCAGCGACCUCCUGGUGACGGAGGAGAACAAAGAGGAGUACAUCGGGUUGAUGGCAGAGUGGCGGUUCUCUCGCGGCGUGGAGGGCCAGACCAAAGCUUUUCUGGACGGCUUCAACGAGGUGGUGCCUCUGCAGUGGCUCCAGUACUUUGAUGAGAAGGAGCUUGAGGUGAUGCUGUGUGGCAUGCAGGAGGUGGACCUACAGGAUUGGCAGAGAAACACUGUGUAUCGCCACUACACCAGGAACAGUAAGCAGAUCAUCUGGUUCUGGCAGCUGGUGAAGGAGGUGGACAACGAGGUGCGUCUGAGACUCAUGCAAUUUGUUACGGGGACCUGCAGACUGCCUCUAGGGGGCUUCGCUGAGCUCAUGGGUAGUAACGGGCCCCAGAAGUUCUGCAUUGAGAAGGUCGGAAAAGACACUUGGCUCCCUCGGAGUCACACUUGCUUUAACAGGCUGGACUUGCCCCCGUACAAAAGCUUUGAACAGCUGAAGGAGAAGCUGCUCUUUGCUAUCGAGGAAACCGAAGGAUUUGGCCAAGAGUAGAGAAAGAUGUCUCGCUCUCUACCACAGUGUAUCCAGCCAUGUAAAACAACAAAUGAAACAUUGCACACAACUACCAAUGUACAUAAGCUAUUUUGUCAUUUUAAAAACCAAAUCUUGAUUCACAACCUCAUUUUAGCAAUCCCCCUUACACUAUACCCCAUAAAAUAUGCAAGAAUUUCAGCUUUUCCUCCGCUUUUAAAAACUGAAAAAUCUAUGUAUGAUUAUUAUUUUUUUCUCCCCUUUUUGGCUGGUUUUUAAAAGGAGACUGAAAACGUGGAGAGGAUUUUAUAGUUGAACCAUAACUUAUGGCUCUAGUUUUAUAGAGCUUUUAAGGGUGAUUGUAGUGUUUGGUCCGGUGCCUGGUUUUUUUUGGACCUGUAGUUGUGAUUGUGCUGCGCUUGCAUGGCUGCCUCCAGAAAAGAGGAAGACUGCCUCCAACCCCAACUGCACAUCCACUCCUAUCAACUUAAGCCAGCUACCCAUCAGCCUGUCAGUAUUGUCGUUGAAUAAAAACCAGUAUUCAGUAGCCCUGACUCGAGUCCCCUCCAACUCUGCACCAAGAUAAGCGUAUGGUGAUUAAAGGUCCAAUGCAGCUGUUUUUAUCUCUAUAUCAAAUCAUUUCUGGGUAACAAUUAAGUACCUUACUGUGAUAUUGUUUUAAUCAUUUUAAAUUUAAAACAAAACUAAUAGCUUCUUAGCAAAGAGCAAUUUCGCAAGGAAGAAUUUCACUAGGAAUGUCUUGGCGUGGUUCGAGAUGGGUGGGGGAAACUGUAAAUGGCUGUUAUUGGCAGAGGGGUUUGGAACUUAGUGGUCUAUUAACCCAUUUACAGCAGGGUGACGUCACCAUGGAAUGCCAAAACCCUCCCACCAAAACAGGCCGAAAUUUCAGGCCGUUCUUUUCAAACAGCCCUUACACUAAAAGGGCAUUAUGAUUUUCACAAUAUUAUUCCAACCUCCUAGUGUGGAGAUGUAUAUUCAUAAAAACAAGAAUCACAUUUUUGACUGCACGGUACCUUCACGUGAGAUUAUCCAGUCGUGUUGUACCUUGGAUUAUGUGUAAACUUGGCGCUGUCGACUAAAAGGAAACGCUUACUUUUUUUCUGGGCUCGAGUCAAGAACCAACAGCCUUUACUGUCGAGAUUUGUGAGAACAUGACUCAAGGAGAGGACGGUCAUCAGUUUUUACUCCGUGGUUGUGUGUAGCCUACACGGGUUUGUUGCUUCAGAAGAGGACAUGGAUCAAAUAAGUGGUUCCAUUUUAUGAAUGAGUUAAUGGGACCCCCCCCCCCCUUUUUUCUGUGUAGUAGUAGUUGCCUGAUAGAAUGGUACUUGCAUAGAGAUCCUAAAGCUUUGAAUUCUAGGACCCCGAUGGGUGUUUGUUACUGUCAGUUUGUGUACACCAGCUCUGAGAGACAUGUUGUGACUGGUGGCAGUGGUUUGGGGUUGGGGGCUUCUAGGUCUCUGCUGCAGUGGCAGGUUUAUCACUGGCACUCAUAGUUUUGCUUUGCGUUGGCACUGCACCUUGCUACUCUUAUAUCAUUUACCUGCCUAUUUAAUUUAUUAAGUCAUGUUCUUUUUUGAGAGAGAGAUUAUAUAGCCUUUGUCUCAAAUGCUGUAUGUUCACCCGAAGCAAAGCAGUUGCUACUAAUGGAGAGAAAUAAACACAAAAUGAAAAGAAGACAUGUAGUUAUGGAUGUAUCUAUCUCCUGUAGCCAUUUUUUAUUUCAUUUUUUUGCAAGUGUGUGUGGUGCACGAACUCCCUUUCUGGGAUAGUAAAUUGAUUAGUUACUUGACUUUCCCUGCUAAGAAUGUUGAUCUGUAUGUCACAUGCAUACAACAGAAAUGUCAGUACCAGAAGUGCUUCCUCGUGCUAGUUGCUACCCACUAAAUGAAUGCUCAUGUAUUCAGUAAAAGAUGUCCAAAAAUGCUGCAAAAUCACAAUGUUUCCUUGCCAUGAACUUUUUUCUUACUCAUAGACUUAGUAGCUAAGUAACUGAGCAGCCUUCUGAAGGGACAAUGAUUGUUAGUGUUACGCAGUGGAUAUCCCACCUUGAAACCCUACAAGGUCAUAUGCAUCAUCUCUGUGCAAGGAUGCAUAGGUGUUCCAGCUCCCUUGAGCUAUAGUGUGGUAUUGUGCCAUUGACGGUCAAAUAGAAUAACCUGCGAUAACCUUCUGCAGUGCAAACCCCCUAAACCCCACCCCAGUGCAAGUUCUUCCAUUGAUAGCAAACCCCACACCAUGCCAGUCCACAUUCUCCUAUAGGUAGUAAACCCCACACCAUGCCAGUCCACAUUCUCCUAUAGGUAGUAAACCCCACACCAUGCCAGUCCAAGUUCUAUUAGUAUGUCAGCAACACAUUACCUGCCAUGCCAACCUUGAUGCUUUAGGCUGUCCUUUUCUUAUUUGGCAGAUGUUUAUUUUUUUUGUUGACAUUUUUCUCUCUUGAAAUGUGAAAUCUCUACCAACACCUCUGGUGCUUCUUUUGUUUUGAUUGUCUGGUGAGGGAGGGACAAGCCCUAGCCCAUCAGCUGUGACAAAGCAGUCUGCGUUGAAAUCUGUCCUGACCACUGCAAACCAUCAUUUAGAUUAGUUAGAACUUCACCAUGAACCUAUGUCAUGUGUGUGUGUGUGUAUAUAACAUCUAUUCACUUCCCUAUUGGUGAGAGGAGGAGGGAUGGCAGAGGAAAAGGAGCAUUUGUGUAACUACCCUUGUCUGAAUGACAGACGGAAAUCAACCCGCCACCUAAUGACAUGCUUCCUUUUGAACGAAUCAAAGAAAUCAAUUGUAAAUGAACAAUGUAAAAAAAGUAAAGUACUUAAUAAUUAUUCUUCAGAGCCUCACCAACAUCGACAGACGGGCUCUGUGAAGCCUCACUCAUAUCAGAGAUGAACUGUAACAUAUCAACGUAGAUGCACACUGUAAAACACCUAAUACUACACUGUACAGAGCCCCCCUCUACCGGAGACUAUAGAAAAUGCAUUUGUCUGCUUUAACCCUAGUCAAUGAAUGACUAGAAGAUGGAUUUAUGAGACAAAGAAAUAAACCCAUACCCCUCAUGCUUUUCUGUUUUGAGAGACGUGGGGGUGUCUGAGGCCUUCUGCUCAGGAUUCAAACCUGUCACCUAUUUUUGUUCUUAAAAACAUGUUUUUUUUUUUUUGGUUGGGUCUUGCCUGUGGAAAGAACCAUAUUUAAUAAAUAUAUCUGACCAUC